AUGGGGUCACCAUUGUUGAUGUCCUCGAAGUUCUCAUCCUGCUACGAGACGUUGAAGUCGCUGCCUGGAACAAUGGCUAGCACUAGCAAGUCUCACGUUGACCGCGAAGCAAUUACUGUGGGCGACAUCCACGAGUCCCACCUUCUCCGUCUUCCUGGUGAGAUCAAGAAUGUAAUCCAUCACUACGCACUGGAAGGAGAAGUACACAUCAGGACUUAUUCUAUACACCAUCACGACACCCACAAUCGCAAGAACCGUCUCACCCUUCCUGCAUCGUGUCGCCAGAUACAGCUAGAGAUCGUCUUGUUGCCAUAUCAAUUUCUCACUAUUCGGUUUGCCCGAUGGAAAUUUCGUGCCUUCUGUCUCACUCUGAGCUCUAGAAAAUGUCAAGCUAUUCGAAAAAUACACAUGGAGGGAGUUGAGAAGGAUUAG